GUCUAUGCGGCGUCUACUCUUUAUUAUGUCUAUGGGGCUGUGUGCCAUACCGAAAGAAGAACGGCGAUAGCGUCACCCGGAAGUAGUCAUCUUGGCAGGAUAACCGGAACAAGAAGAUGGCGGAGCAUGAAGAGUUUCUGGAGUCAGUCCUGUAAUGCGGCAACUUCAGCCUGUUGACUGGUGAAACAGCCCUGUGCCACAACACCAGAACCAGCAUGAAUCUACAGCAGCCGGCCCCUCUCAUCCCCCCUGUCCACCCUGAUGUGCAGAUGAAGCCCCUGCCCUUCUAUGAUGUGCUGGACGUCCUAAUCAAGCCUUCAAGUCUAGGUGCAAGUACUACACAGAGGUAUCACCAAGAAAAAUAUUUUAUCUUUGCCUUGACACCACAGCAAGUUCGAGAAGUAUGCAUAUCCAGGGAUUUUCUACCAGGUGGCAGAAGGGACUAUAUGGUUCAAAUUCAGCUGAGAUUUUGCUUGUCAGAGACAAGUUGCCCUCAAGAGGAUAAUUACCCUAACAGUCUUUGUAUAAAGGUUAAUGGAAAACUUUUUCCUUUGCCAGGUUAUGCACCACCACCAAAAAACGGCGUGGAACAAAAGAAACCUGGAAGACCUCUAAACAUUACCUCCCUUGUCCGACUGUCCUCUGCGGUACCCAAUCAGAUUUCAGUGACAUGGGCACCUGAAAUUGGAAAAACCUAUUCUAUGUCUGUGUACUUGGUAAGGCAGCUGACGUCACCACUGCUCCUACAGAGGCUGAGGAUGAAGGGUAUCAGAAACCCAGACCACUCCAGAGCAUUAAUUAAAGAGAAGCUAACAGCAGAUCCAGACAGUGAGAUUGCUACAACAAGCCUUCGAGUUUCACUUAUGUGCCCGCUGGGAAAGAUGCGACUGACAGUGCCAUGCCGGGCAGUUACCUGCUCUCACCUGCAGUGUUUCGAUGCUGCCCUCUACCUGCAGAUGAAUGAGAAGAAACCCACCUGGAUCUGUCCUGUGUGUGACAAGAAGGCUGCAUACGAGAGUCUCAUCAUUGAUGGUUUAUUUUUAGAGAUCCUGAAUGACUGUUCAGAUGUAGAUGAAAUUAAGUUCCAGGAGGAUGGAACAUGGUGUCCCAUGAGACCAAAGAAAGAGUCCGUCAAGGUUCCCUCUCAGUCAUUUCCAAAAAUUGAGACAUCAGCUCCUUUGCGGCAGUCUUCAGUGGUCCCCCAUUCUGCUGAGCCCAGCUCCGCCAAGAAAGCUGAUGUGAUUGAUCUUACUCUAGAAAGCUCCUCUUCUGAUGACGAAGAAGAGGACACAGUCCCUCCACUGAAGAAACGAUGUGUUUACAUUUCCAAGAACGAGGAGAUGCAUGCAAAGGGAGUGUUGACCUACCAGCCUGCUGUGUGUGUGCCAAACGUCCAGGCUCUGGACCCAUCGUAUCUGACCUCUGCGCUUGCUGACUAUGCAGUCCCCUUCCACCCUUCUACCCUGGGCACCAUCCCGACAGACAUGCAGAGUCUGGAUUUGUUUUCCUUAAUUCAAGCAGAUCCUCAGCAUUACCGGCCACCGAUGUUCCUGGACAACCUGACAGGCGGCAUGCAAAGUGCAGCUGCAGCCAGCACCAGCUCAACCCUGGUUUCUUCCUCCAGCAGCCAUUAUGACACUAGCACCCAUGCUGCCAGCUCCAUCCAUGAGACCCGGGUCAUCACAGGAGGAGGCGGGGGCACUGGAGGAGGGACUGAUGGCAGCAUAUCAGAUAUCAUUUCACUAGACUGAGCCACAUCUCACUCAACCUUUUCAGGCCGGUUUUCCUGUGUCCUUUUUAGCCCAGAUCUCAUAUGACAUUACAUGUACAUGGCAUGUUGAAUUUUACACAGAAGCACCCAGAUUGGUUUACAUGAGCACUUUGAUGUAGAGGUGCACUGAUUGCAAUUUUCUUGGCUGAUUCUGAUUUAUUUGUGUGUGUGUGUGUGUGUGUGUGUAUGUGUGUCUGUGACCUGCCAAUACUGUUUGUUUUUUUUUGCCUAUUCCUAUUUUCUCUCUUAUAACUAUAACUGACAGCACAUAUAAACAAAAAUCAACUUUUUCCUUUUUCAUUUUGAAUUUUCCUUUCAUAAUAAAAAGAAUUAUUAAAUUUUACAAUUUCCUCUUAAAAUAAAGCAACUAGAAAGAACUACAAAUAACAAUCAACUGAAAAUGAGCUUUACACUCAACUUUAUCUGGCAUACUUUACCAAACACAAGCAGGUGCAACAGAUUUAUAUAACAAAACAAAUAUCAGUUAUUUAUGUCAUUUUACAGUAUGCUUAUAAAUUCACCAGGGUUGAAGUAAUUUAUCAGUUUUCUGAAGCCUGGAGGAUGGCUGGUCAUCCGUGGUCAUAAAUUCAAUAAUUUUCCUCAUAAUUGCUUUGGUCUUUUCACUACUCAUACCAAGGAAAGAUAGGAGCACUGCUGGCUUGUGUCUGGCACUGAGCUCUGGCUUUAACUUUAGCUUUAGUGGCUUUUCCUUUGCUGGCUUCUUCAAACUGAGUAUGUUCAGCUGAGUGAUGAUGUUUUAAGUGUCUGAUUAGGUUUGUUGUUCCAGACAUUUUGUGGUUGUGAAAAUCGGCCGAUUCCUAUCCCUGAUUGGUCGAUCAUCGCAUCUUGCAAAUACACACCAUCAAUUUGGAAUCUCAUCUUUAUAUAUUAGAUCAGUGCACCUCUACUUUGAUGACCUGAACUUUUUCACAAUGUUACAAAUUUUAUCUAGGCAUGUUUCCUUUUGCCCUUGGGUUUUUGCAAUUACCUAUCUGCUAUGGUAGGGAAUGGUUUGAUUGCCAAGGAUAACAUUGCAUUUAAGUGCCAUUUCCUUUGAAGUUCUCUUGACUUCAGCAUUUGGGAAAUAUUCUUUUUUGAUUUAGGCUUUGUUACUUGCUUUAGCCCUGAUUUAAUCCAAUAUUCAUGUUUUAGCCCUGGUCUGCCAUAUACUUGGGAAAAUCUCUAGUACAAGAUGGUAAAGUUACGCCAUUUUCCACAUCACUAUUCUUUACAAAAUGCCCAAACAUGGAAUGGUGGAAAGGGGGAUGCAUUGUUGUCCUGCCUUAACAUUGACAACAGAGGUAGUACCACAGCUGAAUCAAUGUCUGUAAAAAGGAUGGGACUGCUAGAUGCUGCUACAUCCGAAAUCACAAAAACUGAAGCAGCAUUAUACUGAUGGUGUUUGGAUCAGUGUAAAAAAGCAAGACUGACAUAAUGACAAGUCGGCUUAAUGGAAGUAUUGCAGGAUCUCUGUUUAAAAAGGGCUUCUAUCUCUUUCUGGCUUGGAAAAUCUUUUUUUUUUUCACCAACCAUUCAGUGACUUCAGCUCAACACUAUUUUGUAAUGAGCAGGGAGCAUACAGUCUGUGGAAUCAGUGAAACCUGCAACCUUUCACAUCACAGGGUCAUUUAUUUCAGUGUUCAUAUCAAAAAUAUAGCUAAGGGAACUUUAAUUUGUAGUUUCUUUAUAUCUCAUUAGUCUUUUGGCCACCCAUAUAUAUAGGUGUAGAAAUGUUUUAAUAACCUUUCCACCCUCACUUUGCAGAUGUUUUCCUGGCAGAAAGUUAAAAGUUUUCUUCCAGUUGCUCCAGUGUUGGAAAUAUUUAAACAUUGAACUCUUUGUUUAUACCAGUCAUCCUAUUCUGGCUUGGUUGACCCAAACUAUGUGCCUAAUUGUUAUGGGACAGUCAGGUCAAGUGGAAGAAGAGCUUGGACUCCCUGCUAUUAGCAGAUGUUUCACAAAACAUCCAAUCCAGUGAACUGAUAGUUUGAAGUAGGCAGUCCCUCUGUCUAAAAGACUUGUGAACUGAUGAACAGAAUAUUGACUGCGGUGGUGUCUGACUUUUUCAAACACCAUGAACAGGGCUGUUUAUGUAUGUUUUUACUGUAUCUGUGUUUGCCCUCUAAGUCCUUGUUUUACCUUUGAUUCACACAAAUGGGAAUCAUAGAAGGCAGGUCAGUAAUCCAAGUGUUGUCAUUGGUUCUAAAAGCUAUUAGUCAGUGAUUUCAUGAGGUUUGUUACAGGGCAGCUUUUAUGUCACACCAAUAUAAAAUGUCUAUUUGUUCUUUUGUAAUUUAGUCAGAGCAAUAAUAAUUUAACUUGUGUUAGGUUAAAUAAAAUUGUAAAUGUAAUUCAGAUACUCAGUAAAGGAUUCCAUCUGAUUCGUACAACUCUGCCACUCUGCUUUUCAAAUUGUGACCCUUUCCUUCGUGUAUAGUCAGCUUAUUAGCUUAUAUAAUUUGCAAUCAUGAUUUAUUUUGUUAGAGAUAUAUCCUCUAAGUAAUAGUUCAAAAUGUAGCCAAAUAAUUCAUUUGCUUUCUUUCAGCAAGUGCUAUUUUCAGAUGGAUAUCAGUCUCAUGUCUGUGUUAAACACAGACCUGGAGUCAGUGGUGUCACAAUUGUCCAGAUCCACAAUUCAAUAUGACUUUGUUUCUCAAGGUCACAAUUUCAUUUGAUUUUCAAUUUAAGCAUUUCUUUCAGCACUGACAGUUAUUAUCUCAUCUGUAUUUGUAAAGAUCAACAGAUCACCAGUUUUAUGGCCUGACAACUUUCAGUAAAUGUUUCUAAGUCUUCUUUAAAAAGACAGCUUGACUUUAUCUGAAGUUUAGGGAUAGGCAAGAAUCCAGAGUUCAACAAAAAUAUGCUGCCCCUCUGGAAUUCAACAAUAAAUAAAAUCUGUCUAAGUAAACCCCCUUCACAAACAAUCGGUAAAGGAUAUCUGGCGAUGUUAUCAGUUCAGUUCUUCACCCAUGAGUAAGCCCUGUCCCCAAAUAUAUCAAGGAUCUCUGAAAAAGAAAAUGAACCCAACAUCUCUGAAGCUAUUGGAGUUAUCUAAAAUGCCUGAUAUUCAUUAUUGAAAUUAAAAGCUCAUUUUGAUCGAUUUCUGAUUUAGAAUCAAAAUCAUGACACCUCUAAUAAAUACAUCUGCUAACACUGAAGUUCACUGCUGUUUUUGGAUUUUGUUGUAUGUUGAUGAUGCUGUUUGGUAUGGGAUUGAUGGGCAUGACAUUAACUUUUGCUCAGUGUUAAAACCUACACUAAAGUCCACUUUCUCACAGCUGACAAAAAGCAGUAACAUAAAGAGGGACACAACAGGGCAGCUACUGUAUGAUACCUAUAUUAUCUGAAUUGCUUGCUGUGUAAGUGGACUCCCAGCCAUCAGGAGCUCAAUCUCAGGGACCUACACUCCACUUUUCUGGGCUUGAUGGUCUGAGUUAAUUAAAAAAAACUGACACAGACAAAACAGUGGCAACAUCUGUAACUGAAAUGCAGAUCUUGAUGUAAAAGUUUGGGGAAUGUGUAAUACUUUUAGGUGAGUAUCUGUUUUAUUCAAACAUUAAGCUAAUGAACAGUUUCGAGUUGACAUAUUAAGGUUGUGAUAAGGAGCGGUUCAUGUAAAUUAUGGGGGGAAAAAAAUCUUGAUUGGGCCCACUGUGAAAACAGCCAGUAAAACGUUGCUAAAUUCCAUUUCCCUUCAUUUAAUUGGGGUAGAGGCAAAAGUUGCCAAUACAGACAUCUAAAAACCUGGAUAAAUAAAAGCACAACUAUAACACGAAAAAGAGCAAACCCUUCGUAAAUAUAACAUAAUAGAUAAAAAAGUAAAAAUAUGCAAGAUCAGCAACACCACGAAAUUCUUUCCUCAACUUUAGAGAACCUUUGCUGACAGCAAAUAUAAAAAGUGUAGAGUGCUUGCCGAGAGGACACUCUUUUGUGAAAUUAGUGAUGAGCACUGUCUCCAUUCACCCGAACCAACCAACCAGUUCACCCCACAAAAACCCAACCCCAACACUUUUCUUUUUUCAUAUUUUGUACUCUUCAUACAUGAAUGGAUUUUAAAACAGAAUCCGGAUCACUUGGAUGUUUCUCUUAUGACGCAAUGUUAACAGACUCAGAGAAAUGUACUAAUUUUUGUUUGCUUCAAAUUCAUGAGAUUUAUUAUGCGGUUGAGUUAUUAUAAAACUGUCUGUUUUCCUGUAUCUGUAAAUUUGCAGCAUUUUCAAUUGUGAUACUAUGUAUGGGUGUAUUUUAAUUAUUAAAUGUUUUCUUUUUAUACAGUGA